GUAGUCCUUAACCCAGGUCUCUACGUGGUUAAUGCUGGGGAUCCUGUACUGUGUGAUGUCUGUAUUCAGUAGGCCAGUGUGUAGUCCUUAACCCAGGUCUCUACGUGGUUAAUGCUGGGGAUCCUGUACUGUGUGAUGUCUGUAUUCAGUAGGCCAGUGUGUAGUCCUUAACCCAGGUCUCCACGUGGUUAAUGCUGGGGAUCCUGUACUGUGUGAUGUCUGUAUUCAGUAGGCCAUGUCUCAGUGUGUAGUCCUUAACCCAGGUCUCUACGUGGUUAAUGCUGGGGAUCCUGUACUGUGUGAUGUCUGUAUUCAGUAGGCCAUGUCUCAGUGUGUAGUCCUUAACCCAGGUCUCCACUUGGUUUGAACACGUCUCCAUGAUAGUGAUUCUCCUGAACUGUGUGACUCUGGGGAUGUACCAACCCUGUGAAGACGUCACCUGUCAGGCAGAGUGGUGCCUCAUACUACAGGUGUUUGAUGACUGUAUCUUUGCGUUUUUCGCGGUGGAGAUGGUCAUUAAGAUGGUGGCUCUGGGGAUCUUCGGUUCUAAGUGUUACCUUGGCGACACUUGGAACCGACUGGACUUCUUCAUCGUCAUGGCAGGGAUGAUGGAGUAUUCUCUGGACGGACACAACGCCAGUCUGUCAGCUAUCAGGACCGUACGGGUUCUGCGGCCGCUCCGGGCAAUCAACAGAGUCCCUAGUAUGCGUAUCCUGGUGACUCUGCUCCUAGACACUCUCCCCAUGCUGGGUAACGUCCUGCUCCUCUGUUUCUUCUUCGUCUUCUUCAUCUUCGGCAUCGUCGGCGUGCAGCUGUGGGCGGGGCUACUGAGAAACAGGUGCUUCAUGGAGAAGACUUCAGAACGUGAGUCUCGCUCUCUCUAUUUCACUCUCUCUCUCUCUCCCUCUCUCUCU